AUGGUGGAACUACUGAGCCGUGAUGAUUUUAACCACAUUGAUCCCAAUGGAGAUCCUUUUGAAUGGUUGAUUCAAAUAGCCAAAUUUGAGAGAGAGAAACUGCAGGAAAACCAUGAUCAUGGCCAUUCCAAUGGUUUUGAGUGCAAUGCACAGCUGCCUGAGUCUCUUUGCAGGAAAGAAAACAUGGGGUUCGACAACAAUGCUGGUAAGAAACCGAAACGUAAGUUGAAAGAAGAAGAUGGUGAUGGAGAAUGGGGAAGUGGACUGAAUCUGAAACCCAAGUUGAAGAGAAUCAAGAAACAGAAACCCCAAUCCUCAAUCCCAACACCCGACAUGCCGGACAGAUACAAACGGCACAUACUAGAAGACAUGGGUGGUUCGGGUUUGGUUCUAGUGAUUGAGAAGACCCUCUUUUACUCCGACGUUAAUCACACCGCCAGCCGCUUCUCCGUACCCUUCUUGCAGGUCAAAAGUCACGACUUUCUCACAAAAACAGAGGCCGAUGAUUUGGCUCACAAGAAACCAAUGCAAGUAAGCUUCUUGGAUCCAUCAAUGGAGAAAACUACAAUGACUUUUAAUAAGUGGAAUAUGGGGAAAAGCUCACUCUACGUGAUGACCGAAUCGUGGAACUCGGUAGUGGAGACCAACAAACUCAAGAAGGAUGAGACUGUGCAACUCUGGUCUUUCCGGGUGAAUUCAGAGCUUUGCUUCGCGUUAGUCAGAGUCUAA